AUGACUUUCCGUCCAGAUAGCCCCUUCGAACUUCCCAACGGCCACCUAGUCUGUGGUCCACAUCGACUGGGUGGCUGUGGUAUCUGCACCGUUGAUUACGAUUUCAUGUAUGAAGAUGAAGAUUGUAAAGAGGAAACCGAUGAUUCUGACUUCGAAGUCGAUCCGGAAAAGGUGCGAGAGGGGCUACGCAAACUUGGUUUCAUACCGUCCGAUCCCCUUCCAGCCGAGUCUGGUUCUAGUUUGGAGCCAACAGCGCAUGCUGGAUUCGCCAUUAUGCUCCCCGGCUCGCCGGGCCCCAACUCGCGCCCAAACCCCGUACGGCCCGACUUUGAAAUGUUUCGGCCCCUUGGCAGCUUCACGGGACGCGUAAUUCCGAAGAAGUUUGUUCCACCGCAACCGACAGACAGGCCACAAGGAUUGUUUCCACUUUCGGGUGGAAAUCCCUCAGGAUGUUUGCCGUCGUACCUUGCCCGAUUCAAAAGAGCGAAUGACAAGCACCAAUUCCUCAUCUACACGGAUGGCGCGUGUUCAGAUAACGGUGGACCGACAGCAAGAGGUGGUUGCUCUUUCAUCUACAAACGUUGUACAAAAAAUCCAUCUGCUGGCCGUGUGAGUUUCCCGCUUGAAUGUAGAGGACCUACCGGGGAAAGACACCAGCAUACAAGCAAUCGUGCCGAGCUGCGAGCUGUUAUCGCCGCUUUACGGUACAGACGCUGGGAUGGAGAGGGCUGUAAGAGCUUGGUCAUCGCGACUGACUCUGAGUACGUGGCAAAUGGUGCAACAAUAUGGGUAAAGGCGUGGCGGCGAAAGGGCUGGAAAACGAGGUCGGGGGCCGCCGUCAAAAACCAGGACCUCUGGCAGUGUUUGCUCGGCGAGAUUGAAUUGUAUGGAAAGGAGGGAAUGCGUGUACAAUUUUGGCGGAUCCCAAGACAGUGGAAUGAGGAAGCGGACCGGCAUGCUAAAGACGCUGUCAACGAACCUCCAGUCGAGUAUUUCGAUGAUAUCCAUGGUCUUUUAACUUAG